GCGGCGGCUCUCCGAGUUGCCAGUGGAGUUUUGUGCGGCUUUAAUACGUUCGCAUUGUGAGCCUUCUGGAAGUUUGGGGUAAAAUACGGACUUUGUGGGACAAUGCUUUCGUCGGAGCAACAAUUUAUUCCAGAAAAUGGACGAACCGGACAGGCAGCAGCAGAAGAAGAUAUUUCUUCAGAAUAAACAAAAAACAAAGUUGUCUCAUCACUUUGUCCGCGGAACGUGAGGAAGAAGACGAGCGGCUCCGCGUUGACGGACAUUCCGUGGAGAGAUGGGCAACGUGGAAGGUGUGGAAGAGCAGGCGCACGCGGAGGCGGACGCGAAGGCUCGCGCGCUGCCGCUCAGGGUGCCGAUGCCGGAGAGCGGGGAGCUCGAGGAGCGCUUUGCGCUCGUGCUGAGUUCUAUGAACCUGCCCCCAGACAAAGCCAGACUCCUGCGUCAGUAUGACAGUGAGAAGAAGUGGGAUCUCAUUUGUGACCAGGAACGAUUUCAAGUGAAAAACCCCCCUCAUACAUACAUUGAAAAACUACAGAGGUACUUGGAUACAGGAAUUACAAGAAAGAAAUUUAGGCGACGAGUUCACGAAUCCACCAAAGUGCUGCAAGAACUGGAGAUUUCACUGAGGACCAAUCACAUCGGGUGGGUUCGUGAGUUCCUCAACGAUGACAACCGUGGCUUAGAUGUGCUGGUGGAGUACCUGUCUUUCACCCAGUGUGUGCUCAGGUUGCAUUUGGAGGGGGUGGAGAAUGGGGAGGAAGGGUCACUAGACAAAGGCAAGUCCUGGAGCAGGUCCACUGAGGGUCUGCACCGGAUCUCCUGCAGGGCCUUGUGCAACACGCUGGCCGAGUCUGUAUCCCCUGGUAUGUACACCCCCCCAACUCCACCCCACUUCAAAGCGGCCAAAAGCUCUCAGCUUCUCAGCCAGAAAGAUGAUGUACACGUUUGCAUCAUGUGUCUGAGAGCUGUCAUGAACUACCAGUAUGGCUUCAAUCUGGUCAUGUCUCAUCCACAAGCUGUUAACGAAAUUGCACUUAGCUUGAACAAUAAGAACUUCAGAACAAAGGCUCUGGUCUUGGAGCUCCUGGCAGCAGUGUGCCUGGUCCGAGGUGGACACGAAAUCAUUCUGUCUGCAUUUGACCACUUCAAACGGGUAUGCAAGGAGAAGCAUCGCUUUGAGAGGUUGAUGGACUGUUUCCGCUCCGAGGAUGGGAACAUCGACUUCAUGGUUGCCUGCAUGCAGUUCAUCAACAUUGUCGUCCACUCGGUGGAGGACAUGAACUUCCGCGUCCAUUUGCAAUAUGAAUUCACUAAGCUGGGCCUGGAUGACCUUUUGGAGAAGUGCAGACAUACGGAGAGCGACAAGUUGUCGGUGCAGAUCCAGGCCUACCUGGAGAACAUGUUUGAUGUUGGGGGGCUGCUCGAGGAUGCUGAGACCAAAAAUGUGGCUUUGGAGAAGGUUGAGGAGCUGGAGGAAAAGCUCUCACAUGUGACGGAGAAGCUGCUGGUUGUGGAAAAUGAGACCAUCAUGAAAGUGGCCGAGCUGGAGAAGCAGCUGCUCCAGAAAGACAAAGAGCUGGUUGCCAUCACGGAGACAUUUGACUCGGCCACCUCCCAAGUGCACACGCUUAGACAGAUGAUCAAGGAGAAGGAUACUUCCUACCAGCAGCACUGCGAUGUGGAGAAGCAGCUGCAGGAGCUGGAGCAGCAAGGCGCCCUCCACCUGCCCCCUCAGCAUGCGAAGACCCCUAGUCAGGAUGUCAGCAGGGUUCUGGGGGUCUGCUCCUCUGCUGCUGCUGAAGCUCCACCACCAGCCCCACCCCUUCUUCCCCCUCCUCCUCCACCCUUACCGUCCACUUCAGGUGAUAGCAUUACGAGCCGAGUCCCUCCACCUGUGGCCCCACCUUUGCCUGGAACAUCACCAUGUGUUGUCCUCAGUCCUGGACUAUCUGCCAUUAGAAUAAAGAAGCCUAUUAAGACCAAAUUCCGUCUGCCUGUGUUCAACUGGACUGCACUUAAACCCAACCAAAUUAAAGGCACUGUGUUCAGUGAGAUUGACGAUGAGAGAGUACUAAAGGAGCUGGAUCUGGACAAAUUUGAAGAGCUUUUCAAAACUAAAGCUCAAGGCUCUGCAAUGGACGUUUCCUGUGUUAAGAGCAAGGUGUCCCACAAAGGCAAAAACAAGGUCACCCUACUAGACGUCAAUCGGUCCAAGAACUUAGCUAUUACGCUGCAUAAGGCUGGAAAAACCACAGAGGAGAUCUGCAGGGCCAUCCAGACGUUUGAUCUGAAGGCGCUUCCCGUGGACUUUGUGGAGUGCCUGAUGCGUUUCCUACCAACGGAGGCAGAGAGCAAGCUGCUGCGGCAGUAUGAGCGAGAGCGGCGCCCAUUGGAGCAACUGGCCGAGGAGGACCGCUUCAUGCUGCACUUCAACAAGAUCGAGAGGCUCACACAGAGGAUGACCAUCAUGGCCUUUGUGGGCAACUUUGCUGACAACGUCAGCAUGCUGAUGCCGCAACUCAACGCCAUCAUAGCAGCGUCUGUCUCUGUGAAGGCCUCCUCCAAACUCAAGAGAAUGCUCGAGAUUAUUUUAGCUCUGGGGAACUACAUGAACAGCAGUAAAAGAGGAUCGGUGUAUGGGUUUAAACUGCAAAGCUUGGAUUUGCUGCUGGACACCAAGUCCACCGACAGGAUGAUCACACUCCUCCACUACAUUGCUCUGGUCGUGAAGGAGAAGUACCCAGAACUGGCCAACUUCUUCAACGAGCUGCACUUUGUUGAGAAGGCCGCUACAGUGUCCCUGGAGAAUGUACUGCUGGAUGUGCGCGAGCUCGGCCAGGGAAUGGAGCUGAUUCGCCGCGAGUGCGGUCUCCACGACCAGGCAGUCCUCAGGACCUUUCUGCAGAGCAGCGAACCCCAACUUGUCACUCUGCAGAAAGAUUCCAAGAUGGCAGAGGAGGCCUUCAGCAACGUGGUGCUCUACUUUGGCGAGAACCCAAAGACGACGCCCCCAUCUGUCUUCUUCCCUGUGUUUGUGCGUUUUGUCAAGUCUUACAAGGAAGCGGUGGAGGACAACGAACAGAGGAAGAAACGCGAAGAAGCCGUGCGGGAGCGGCAGCUGGCUCAGGAGGCCAAGCAGCAGGACAGCAGCGCUCACAAGAAGAGGCAGCAGCAACAGGAGCUGAUAGCUGAGCUGCGCAGGCGGCAGGCCAAGGACCACAGGCCCGUGUACGAGGGCAAAGACGGCACCAUUGAAGACAUCAUCACAGAUCUCCGGAACCAGCCGUUCCUGCGUGCUGAUGCAGUGAUCAGGAGUGGCUGGAAGCGCCCAUGAGUCUAUAAAGCCCUGCUCCUGUGCAUUUGGUGAGACUGUAAAUAUGAUGUACAGAUUAAUCCAGUUUUAUAUUUAUUGGUUGAUUCCUGGGUGUUCAGACACUACACUGGAACACAAAUUGCCGAAAGCUCUUCUACGUUUCACACGACUGCAACCUGCUGCGUUAAGUGUCCUGAGAAAAUUGAGUCUUAAGAUGAUGCCCUGCCACCAGCAGAUGGGGUGAAAGGAGUCAGGCAGCACAGAACUGUUUUUCCUAGAGUGUGUUAUGAGAAGCAAGAAUCUAAUCCUGGUAUUGCAGCAAACGUGUUCCUUCGCUUAAAUGUCUCACCAAGGAACUGAGAUGUCAUCCAAGCCAUAUCCUUGUGGACUGCUUUGUAAGGAGGUAGUUUUUUUAAAAAUCCAAACACACACAACUGCUAAAGACUUGUUCUCAACAACCUAAAGGCUUUUGGCACAUUUUGUAAAGUCUCUGUAAUCCUACAUUUGUUUCAACAUUACCUUAAUACUGUAAAGCAGGCACAUACCUUAAAUAUGCCUUAUAAUCAGAAACAGGUAUGUAUGGUUUUUUUUUUAGUACAGUACAAAAGUUGGAGUUAUGACAGUUAACUACAAGCACGUAUUCAGUAUAUAUGAAUAGGAGUCAUUUUAGUGGAGCAUAAAUCCAACAACAACCCUUUAGAACUAAGCAAACUGGCCCUUAAACACCAUCCAAUUCCAAAAUGCUCCUUCAGUGAUUGGAAAUACUGGUAAGGGGAAAAAUGUCAGUACAAUUCCGUACAGCAUAUCUUGGAACUGACUGUGCUGUUUGUUGUUUUUUUUUUUUUUAAAAAAUACAUGUUUACAACUUAAGGGGGGUGGGUGGAAUAAAAAUCAACAUUCUUUAGCAAAGAAAAGCUCAUCUACAUUACACGUGUGAAACAAAUAUGUACAUUCUCUGUAAUAACCAGUGUCAUAAAUAAAAGGACUAUACAUGUACCUGAAAAACAGAUGUGUGAAUGCUGUUCUGCUUAUUUUCCACAGUCUGCUUUUACCAAGAAAAGCAAGUCGGUAUAACAAUGUACUUCUUCUAAAACAUGUUUUAAGUACACCGUGUUGGAGG